CAACGUAUUGAGAAAGAAUCCCUGCUUCAGCACAGAGCCUGGGAACAGCUCCAGGAACAAACAAUAUUUUUACAACUCGACCCGCCGCCCAUCGCAGAAGGUCCCGGCGCAGACGGGCGACACAUGUAACUCCGCACACUCGCUGCUCGUCCUCCGACUCAAUCGAGGAUGGCUGGACGGGGGACGGGAGAGACCAGUCUGUGUCAGCAAACGCUGGCUCUCUUCUGGAAAAACCUGCUUCUGAAAUGGAGGAGAAAGUGGCACAGCUUCCUGGAAUGGAUACAACAUCUGGCUUUUGUGUUCCUAUUUUUCAUUAUCGUGGCCAUUGGGAAGAAUUUCCCCAGCGACGGCUUUGUGCCUGUGGAGGUCCUCGGCCGUCUGGAUGAGUUUGACAGUAAUAAUUUCACGAUUGGGUAUGUGUCCGGACACCCCUGGGGGAAGGAAGUCAUGCAGAAGGUGGCCACUAGCAUCAUCAUUCCAGGGGUGACCGUCAAGGAAUAUUCCAGCGAGGAGGACCUCGAGAACGACGUUCUGACCCUCUCAACCAUCGGCGUCGUAUUUGAAGAUCAGUUUAAAUACCACAUCAGAAACAGCUAUGCAAGAGUCUCCACUCCAAAUGACUACCUCGCGUACAUGGGUUACUGCAAGAACAAUUCCGACACGUGCUUCCCGACCCAUUACUGGAGUAACGGGUUUCUCUCCCUGCAGGCCAGCAUCGACGCCGCUAUUAUAGAACUGACCACCAAGCAUUCUGUCUGGGAGAACAUGGCUUCCAUCGUGGCCAUGAAAAUGAAAUGGCCCAUGUUCACCCAGAGGCAGAUCCUCCACCGAGGCACGUUCGUCUUCGCCAUCUGCAUGUGUUACGUUUCCCUGACUUACCUCCUGUCGCUGUACGUUACCAGAGAGAGGGGCGAAAUGCGCGAGAUCAUGAAAACCAUGAGGCUGAGAGAUCUGGCGUUUUGGUUGUCGUGGCUUUUACUGUACGCCAUCUUUGUUUUCGUUAUUGCAAAUCUAAUGACGCUCGUUGCCACGUUUGCCCUUCUCGAGGAGAGUUCGUAUGGAGUGAUUCUUCUGCUCCUCUUCCUUUAUGGGAUAUCGCUGGUCUGCUUCACCUUCAUGUUGAGCGCCCUCUGCCGGAGUCCCAGGGUAACGGCCAUCGUCGGGUUCUUCAGCGUCCUCUUCCUUUCGGCCCUGAGCCUCCUGCUCUUAAUGACCAAACCCCCUCAAGCUGCCGAGGUCCUCUUGAGUAUCUUCCCGCCGUUUGCCUUCACUGUCGGAAUCGCAGAGACCGUGCACAUGGAAAGCGACUGGGAGGGGGUGUAUUUUUCGGAUUUUUUUGGCGAGUCCAGCCAUGUCCUCUCCAGCUGCGUUUAUCUCAUUUUGGAUUCUGUGUUUUAUAUGCUGUUGACCAUUUAUCUUGAAAAAGUCUUGGCAGAUAAAAAUGGCAUGAAAUACGAGCCUUUGUACUUUCUCAAGUCUUCGUACUGGUCGAGAGAGAAAAGGAUUCCGAGCCGCCUGGAGAAGGAAAGGGAUGGAGAGUCCGUCUGGGGAGAGUUUGUUGAAAAAGUCCCUCAGGAGCUCCACGGAAAAGAAGCCAUUAGGAUGAUCAAAGUUAGGAAAACCUACAGCAACCGAGAUAAGACGGUGGAAGCUUUGAGAGGUUUCGAUUUGGAUGUCUACGAGGGGCAAAUUACUGCCCUGCUUGGCCACAGUGGUGCAGGAAAAUCCACGUUGUUGAAUAUUCUCAGUGGAACGUGCGCUCCUUCGGGGGGUUUGGUCUCUGUUUGUGGCUACAACCUGUCGGACAUGUACCGUUUGGAGGAGAUAAAGAAGAGGCUUGGGUUUUGCCCGCAGUAUGAUGUCAAGUUUGAUCUUUUGACGGUGAAAGAGAAUCUGAAAGUUUUUGCUCAUAUCAAAGGGAUCCCCUUAAGGAACGUCGAGCAGGAGGUGCGAAAAGUGAUUUCUGACCUGCAGAUGGAAGGCAUGGAAAACGUGGAAGCCAGUAAACUGAGUGGCGGACAGAAAAGGAAGCUAACUCUCGGAAUUGCUAUUUUAGGAGACCCUCAGGUCCUGCUCCUCGAUGAGCCCACAGCCGGACUCGACCCGUGUUCCAGACACCAUGUGUGGGCCAUGCUGAAAGAAAACAAGUCGGACCGGGUCACGUUGUUCAGCACGCAGUUCAUGGACGAGGCGGACAUCCUUGCAGAUUGGAAAGCUGUCCUGUCCGGCGGGCGGUUAAAGUGUGUGGGGACAUCGUUGUUUCUGAAGAGGAAAUGGGGAAUUGGGUAUCGCUUAAGGAUGCAGAUAUCUCCAUCCUGCGACCCGGAGGUCAUCACCUCGGUUAUCAAGCUUCACAUCUCCAGCGCCAAGCCUACGGCACAGAGCGAGGAAGAACUCUCUUUCACCUUGCCCUUUGAAAACAUGGAUUUAUUUCCAGACCUGUUUUUGCAUUUGGAUGGACUCGUGGGGCGGGAUAUUGUCAGUUACGGAGUCUCAAUGACUACGCUGGAUGAUGUCUUCUUGAAGCUGGAAGGAGAAGCCGAGAUUGAACAAGGAGAUUAUGGCGUUUUUAGCCGGGAACAAGGUCGGGAUGAGGAGCAUGAUUACUUUUCAUCUGAGAUGGAGGACUCUGUGCUGUUGAUGUCGGACUCCGGCAGCGUUUCGCUGAGUGGAUUUGCGCUUUGGAGACAGCAGGUGGUGGCCGUGGCCAGGAUUCGCUUCCUUAAACUGAAACAUGAGCCUAAAAGCUUGCGAGCGAUAUUGCUUCUGCUGGUCCUUUUCAUUACGCCUCUAAUUAUGAUCGCCGCACUGAUGAGUAGUUUUAGACAGAUCCAUACUUGGGAAAUGUCGGCCGGCCAUUACUUUCAGAGCCCCAGGAGCAGGUUCCAUAAAUAUUACACGAAUCUUCUAGUGAAUAACGACACGGGGUCGCCCAUCGAAGACUUUCUUGAUGCGCUGAAAGCCCAAGACAUUGUGGUGGACGUCGCUGAUGGCAAAUACGAUGCAAACACAACUGAAUACCGCGGGGCGAUAGAGGUCACACAGGGGGAGAAGUUUAAAGGUUAUAGUUACACCAUCGUAGGGAACCCAACAGCGCAUAACGCUUUGCCGGUCCUUGAAAACAUCAUCAGCAACGCCUACCUGAAGACUUUCAAGUCGACGGAGCAAAUCCGAGUCUGGAACAACCCGGUGGUGCAUAAGCUGCCCUGGGAUUUCCACUACGCCGUAUUCUUCACGUGUGUAUUUUUCAUGAUGUUUGCUUCCGGUCUUGCCCCUCACUUCGCAAUGAGCAGCAAUGAAGACAAGAGGAUGAAGGCGUAUUCCCAGCUGCACGUCUCGGGUCUCUUUCCCUCUGCGUAUUGGUUUGGGCAAGCGCUGGUGGACAUCGCUCUUCACUGGCUUCUGCUUGUUGUAAUGGUCACCAUACUGUUUCUGUUUAAUCACAAGGUGUUUCUGCGCUUCACUCCAGCCAUAAUAAUGUUAUUUGGCCUCAUAGGUUACGGAGCAUCCAUGGUCCUCUACGUCUACAUCAUCACGUUUAUCUUUGGAAAGGGAAAGAGGCACCCCGACCGAUGGUCCUUCUUCUUUGUACUGACAACGAUGAUUCCCUCGCUCGCCACUGAAUUUGUUUUCCUGUUUGACUACCACUUGCCGGUGCUGCUGCCUUACGUUUUCUUCUUUCCGCCCAGCAGCCUCAACAUCCUCCUCCUUUGCUUGGAAAGUAUUAUUGAAGUAGAAUAUUUUGAGCCCAGAAUUUGGACGCUUCAGCAUGUUGUCGGAGCCUCGCUGACACUUAUGCCAUACAUACAUGCCAUCCUUUUCAUGGGGAUCCUCUGGUGUCUGGAAUGGAGAUUUGGGGUGAGGAGCGUGAAACAAGACCCGGUUUUCAGAACUGUGAAGAAGAAAAUCAAAAGCAAACCAAACCCGGAGGAUGUGGGGGAAGCCGACGAGGAGGUCCUGGCUGAGAAAGAACGGGUGAAAAAUGCCGUAACGGCCAAACACCAGGAAGAGAAACCCGUCAUCAUCGUUGACAGCUUGCGCAAAGAAUUCAAGAUCAAAAAAGGGAAUUUUCUUUUUAAGAAAAAGCGGAAGGCGGCCACCAAAAAUAUCUCAUUUUGCGUCAAAAAAGGAGAGGUCCUGGGGUUACUGGGGCCCAACGGAGCUGGGAAGACCACAUCCAUUUGCAUGCUUGCCGGAGAAGUCAAACCUACAGCAGGAGAGGUGGUGCUCUGUUCCCCGGCCUCGGGUGGCCCUCAGCGCCUAGACGAUUCCUCGGCUUUCCUGGGCUACUGUCCCCAGGAGAGCCCCCUGUGGCCCAAUCUGACCGUGAAGGAACAUCUAGAGAUCUAUGCUGCUGUGAAGGGUAUGAAGAAGGACGACGCCGACAUCGCUAUCAGGCGGUUGGGAGAAGCUUUAGAGCUGAAAGAACAUCUAGAAAAACCGGCCAGAAAGCUGUCGGCAGGUGUAUCCAGAAAGGUGUGUUUUGCCAUCAGUAUGCUGGGAAACCCGACCAUUGUGCUUCUAGAUGAACCAUCGACAGGUUUGGACCCCAAAGGCCAGCAACGAAUGUGGAGAGCGAUACGGGCAGCUUUUAAAAACAAAGACAGAGGAGCGAUUCUGACCACUCAUUACAUGGAGGAGGCGGAAGCCGUGUGCGACCGCGUGGCCAUCAUGGUGUCCGGAAAGCUGAGAUGCAUCGGUUCCAUCCAGCAGCUCAAGAGCAAGUUUGGGAAAGGCUACCUCCUUGAGAUAAAGGUGAAGGAUUCCCAGCAAGUGGAGAUGAUUCACAAUGAGAUCGUCCGACUGUUCCCGCAAGCCGCGAGACAGGACAGAUUCUCCUCUUUGCUGGUCUACAAGGUCCCUAUGGAAAACGUGCAGUCCCUGUCUCAGGCGUUCUUACUGCUGGAGGAGGCAAAGCGCGCCUUUAGCAUCGAGGAGUACAGCUUCUCGCAGUCCACCCUGGAACAGGUAUUUCUUGAGUUGGCCAAAGAACAGGAGAAAGAGGACUUUGACCUGGACAACACGUUCCAGUGGAAACAUCUUCGAACAGAGAGCAUCUGAAGCAGUGGUCAGUUGGACGUAAACAUGGGGACGGUCGUUUGGACGAUGAAGGGUUAAGAUACUUGGUCAGUUGGCUAAAGAACAUUAUACAUGGACCUGACCAGGAGCCAAGUAGGGCGACAUUUUCUCAGCUCCCAUGAGCCCCCUGUUUUGUUUUUUUUUGUUAUU